UUGCAUAGGAAAUUGAUGGAUGGAGGAAAUCACUCAGCGGUGUCUGAAUUUUUCUUACUGGGAUUCACCUGUUCUUGGACGAUUCAGAUUCUCCUUUUUCUGUUUUUCACCAUGUUUUAUGUAGCAAGUAUGCUUGGAAACCUUCUCAUAGUUCUCACAAUUAUUUCAGACCAUCAUUUACAUUCCCCAAUGUACUUCCUGCUGGCAAAUCUCUCCUUCAUUGAUACCGGUGUUUCCAGUAUUGCAACCCCGAAGAUGAUUUACGACAUUUUCAGAAAACAUAAAGUUAUUUCCCUGAAAGGGUGCAUUACUCAGAUGUUCUUUAUUCACACUGUUGGGGGCACAGAGAUGGUACUGCUCAUAGUCAUGGCCUAUGACCGAUACAUGGCUAUCUGUAAGCCCCUCCACUAUCUAACCAUCAUGAGCUUAAGAAUGUGCAUUUCUCUCAUGACUGUUGCUUGGACAAUCGGACUCAUCCACUCUGUGGCCCAACUGGCUUUUGUAGUAAACUUACCCUUUUGUGGUCCCAACAAAAUGGACAGCUUUUAUUGUGAUUUUCCUCGGUUCAUCAAACUUGCAUGUAUAGACACAUAUAAACUGGAGUUUCUGGUCACUGCCAAUAGCGGCUUCAUUUCCAUGGGCACCUUCUUCAUCUUGAUCGUCUCUUACAUCUUCAUCUUGGUCACAAUUCGUAAACGCUCUUCAAGUGGUUCAUCCAAGGCCCUCUCCACCCUCUCAGCUCACAUCACGGUUGUGGUCUUCUUCUUUGGUCCUUGCAUUAUUGUCUAUGUGUGGCCAUUUCCUACCUUACCCAUAGAUAAGUUUUUAGCUAUCUUUGAUGCCCUUAUCACUCCUUUUAUGAAUCCUGUCAUCUAUACGUUUAGAAAUAAGGACAUGAAGGUGGCAAUGAGGAGACUUUUUAUUAAGGCUUUAAGUUUCAAGAAGAGUUUUUUUAUGCACAGUCCAAGAAAUUCCGAUUCAUCUUGA